AUGGCCGAAGAACCGCAGCUAAAUUCAAUUCAGCAGCGGAUCGCCGCCCUGAACCAGUCGCAACUGGCCCGCCCACCGGGAGGACCUGAACCACCGUUCCUCCGCCCAGCACCCGAACGGAGCGCGUCAGCCAACAACCCGCCUUCAUAUGAUGCGAUCGGCUCUGUGGUUGAUCGAUCACACAUUGGAAAUGAGCCUGCGGACGACAAAACUCAAAGGGCUGUCUUGCCAGCGCCUUCAAUGGAAACACUUCGACCUGACGUGAAACCGAAGCCAAGAAAGCCCCCUCCGCCGGUGCCCACGCGAAAAGCAGACAGUCUGCCUCCCCCCAUGCCAACUCGCCCUGCCCUACCACCACGUAGGCCAACGGAUCAAAAGCGUAGGCCCUCGGUCGAUUCGGCCACUUCUGAUGCCUCUUACUCCACAACAUCGACGGCAACAACUACGGGGCGUGGUGCAUCGACAACCUCAGUGAACUCCAAUGGAAAUAAUCGCAUCAAGGCGCCUGCAUGGGGCGAGACAGAACUGCCUGCCUUGCCUCCUCGGCGACCAAAGGAGGCCAUCGCGGAACCGCCGCCACGGCCUACACUGAGCAGUAAGAGGAGUUUGGGAGGGUUGUCUUCUAGAUUCACCUCUAAGUUCAACCUGCCGGGCUCCAAACCGCCUGUACCUUCUCUCCCCAGCCAACCCAGCCAACCUCCUCGCCCGAGCCAGCCUCCACGUCGAGAAACCGAAUAUGAAGCCCCCGGGCCCAAACUCCCCCCGCGCCGACCAGCUGGCGUACAGGCACAAGAGGACACGAGCGAUUCAAGCGUCAGUCUGCCGAUUCGGAGGACAUUACCCCCGCCGCCAUCAGUUGCGAAAAUACAGGAUGCCAGACAGUUUGGAUUUGGGAAUAAGAGUCCGAACCUUCCAUCCCGGCCGGGCAGCACUGUCCCCAACGGAUCUCCGCCACCGAUCCCGCAUGGCACUCGCCCUGAUUUGUCUAAGAUCAUGGCCACAAAGCCACGCUUCGAUGGCUCGACUGUCUCCGUAACCCCUCCGAUCCCGGAAUCUGAGGAGUGCUUAGUAUGUCGUGACUUCUCGGGGCCUGAUAACCAUGCGGCCCGCUAUCCUCGUGCGUCACUGCCCACACAAGAUAUGACAUGGCUGGCGAACGAGUUGACUUCACCGUUCCCAUCCUUGACAGACAAGGCACGGGCGAUAUUUACAUGGUUACAUCAUAAUGUCUUCUAUGACACUGUUGCCUUUUUCAAUAACUGCAUUAAACCAUCCACGCCGGCUAGCACUCUAGCAACUGGAUUGGCAGUCUGUGAAGGCUACGCAGGGCUAUUUGCAGCAUUGGCAACCCAUGCCGGGUUAGAGGCCGUAGUGGUCGGCGGCCACGGCAAAGGGUUCGGACACGUCUCUUUAGCACCAGGGGCAUCUGUCCCCCCGUACGCAGGCAACCACGCCUGGAACGCCGUCAAGAUUGACGGAGGCCGCUGGAAGCUAAUCGACUCCUGCUGGGGCGCCGGCGCAAUCGAGGGCGCAGGCCAGCCCUACAAGCAGCGCUUUGAGCCAGCUAUGUUCUCCAUGUCGAACGAAGAGUUCGGGCUCAAGCACUUCCCCGAAAAUAAGCGCCACUUCUAUCGCGAAGACGGCCGCCCAGACCUCACCUGGGAGCAAUACGUUCUCACGGACCCAGACCGACCCAACGGCGUCGAAAGCCUAAAGGUCUACGGCGAUGCGGACAAGCGGUCCAUUGGCCGCAAAACAUUCCAACCGCAAGGCCUGCGCAUCUCAAUCAGUACACCUGGCGCAAUAUGCUUCCAAUUUGGUCUCCUUUGUCCGCACUGGACACUGUCUCGCCACAGCAAUCUUCAAAGCGCCGGUCUCUUCUUACUUAUGACCCAUGGCCUGGACGGACGCAAGGAUGAUAAACUUGUCUUCACACAUGUGCCAGGCUCAGGCACCGCGGGCGGUGGCGAGUUCUGGUACGUUGAGGUUCCCGAUGCGCGCAUGCUUGGCGCGCCUGGUCAGAAGCUGCAGUUGGCUGUUCUGACUAGCUUUGGUGACCGAAAGGAUGCGAGCGGUGUUACGGCUGAGGAGUUCCAGGAGCAGGCUGGCCGCAUUGGCAUGGCUUGGGCUUAUGUUGCCGAGUGGGAGCUGGUUCGGUAG